AUGGCCAAACGAAAUCAUUUAAGAUAUUUGGGUUUUGCCAUAGCGACACUAUGUUUCUUUUAUUGGGCACUAAAUAAUACUAGCCAAAAGCCAUAUUACUCCACACAAUCGUCAUCGCCAGAAUUUUUUGACAACGAUAGUUUUGACACUGAAAUUAUCCCUCCGCAAGAUGAUAUUAUCCCUCCGCCAGAUGAUAUUAUCCCGCCGCAAGACGAACAUGAAAUUAUUGAUAGUCAUUUAGAAAAGAUAGAACAUGAUGCAGCUAAGGAUGAAGUUAAGGAUGUGGCUAAGGCUGCUUUUGUGGUUCUGAUUCGUAACGGAGAUUUAUAUAGUUUUCGGCCAAGCAUGAGAGAAUUAGAAGACAGGUUUAAUCGGAAUUAUAACUAUCCAUAUGUAUUCUUGAAUGAUGAACCAUUUACCGAAGAAUUCAAGAAGCUUAUCAGCGCGAUGACCAAAGCAAAGACCGAAUACGGAUUAAUUCCUAAAGAACACUGGAGUGUUCCCGAAAGGAUUGAUAUGGAUCUUCUCAAUAAAAAUAUGACAAAAAUGCAAGAAGAACAAUCUAUUGGUAUAUUAUUUAAUGGAGACAAAUCAUAUUUUAGAUUCGAAUCCGGAUUUUUCUAUCGUCAUUCUUUAUUGGAUAAGUAUGAUUAUUAUUGGCGUGUUGAGCCUGGUGUUCGCUUCUAUUGUGAUAUAGACUUCGAUCCAUUUGUAUAUAUGAGAGAUCAUGAUAUCAAAUAUGGCUUCACCAUAUCGUUGCAUGAAUACCCAAAGACCAUACCCACAUUAUGGGAUUCAGUCAAGGAAUUUUCCAACAAGUAUCCGGAAUUAAUAGAAAAAGACAAUCUUAUGGAAUUUAUAUCGAAUGAUAACGGUGAAACAUAUAACUUGUAUGUCGAUAACAUGUCACUUUUGGUCAAACUUUGA